AGAAACUGAGAAAUUCAGCUACUAUCAUAAAGAAGCCUAUAAAAAUUAAUGGAGAUGAGUAUAACAACAAAAAUGAAGCAGGAAAACCGAUUGGAAAUGAGGUUCUUGUUGGGCCAGUUGUACCAAUAGAUUUCAGAAUAAAAGCUAUAAUGAUGAAAGUUUUUAUACUGAAAUAUGGUGAAAAGGAAAUGUCACGUAUUAGUGCAGCAAUAUCCAUUGUAGCAGCAAGACAAAAAGAUAAUAAUGUUAAUAAAGGAUAUAGUCAAAAGGGAAUUGAUGCCGAUGAACCUAAAGUAUUCGACCAUUAUCAAAGAUAUGAUGAAGUCGACGUCGAAAGGGAUAAACAUAAGUCAUUCAUCAAUUAUCGAAGCCCGAGAGAGUUAGAGAAUAUAAAUAGUGCGAAUAUCAAUAAUCAAAAGAACAUGAAAAGUAUUGAAAAUAGAAAAACAUUGAUAAAAAGUGGAUUUGUUGAAAGAAAUGAAAGAAAGAAUAUAUGGGUGAAUGGCGAUGAAACUGAAGUUUUGUCUAAACUGAAUGAUGACAAUGUAAGCCUAAAGGCUAAAUUCAUUAAUAAAAUAUACAGUAAAGAAAAGCAAAAUGAAAUCGCUGUUAAAAAAGAUGAAAACAAGGUACUUGCCCGGUGCUCGAAUAUUGAUAAAGAUAGUGCUUCAGGGAAACUAGCUUAG